AUGGACAACCGCACGACUAGCCAAAUCCGCGGUUGGCCGCUUUUACAAUUUAAAAUACGCAACGGCGCGGCGUUUCAACCGUUUCCUUUAACGUAUACUAUUUAUGUAGUAGAUGACACAGAUUGCACAUUCUUCUACGAGUGCGCUCUAGGAAAAAUAGUUAGAGUUCAAUGUCCUGACGGGCAUGACUUCGAUGUUGAUGAAAUAUGUAUACCACGGGAGGAAUCGUCAUGUAAGGAGAAACAUAAUUUCGAAACAACUUCAAUCGCAACAAUAAAACCCAUCGAUAGAAUACAAACAACACCAGCCACCACUUCAGAGACGACACCUGCAUCUAGUUCAGAGACAACACCUGCCACCAGCUCAGAGACUACACCUGCCACCAGCUCAGAGACAACACCUGCCACCAGCUCAGAGACUACAUCUGCCACCAGCUCAGAGACUACACCUGCCACCAGCUCAGAGACUACACCUGCCACCAGCUCAGGGACAACACCUGCCACCAGUUCAGAGACAACAGCUGCCACCAGCUCAGAGACUACACCUGCCACCAGCUCAGAGACAACACCUGCCACCAGCUCAGAGACAACACCAGUCACCAGCUCAGAGACAACACCUGCCACCAGCUCAGAGACAACACCUGCCACCAGCUCAGAGACAACACCUGCCACCACAAGCCCUGCUGUCACUAAUUCAGAGAUAACAGUCGUCACCAAUUCAGAGACAACACCUGUACCCAGCUCAGAUACUACACCUGCUGUCACUAAUUCAGAGACAACCCCUGCUGUCACCAAUUCAGAGACAACAGUCGUCACCAACUCAGAGACAACAGCUGUGUCCAGCUCAGAGACUACACCUGCUAUCACUAAUUCAGAGACAACACCCGCUGCCACCACCUCAGAGACUACAUCUGUCACCAACUCAGAGACAACACCUGCCACCAGCUCAGAGACUACACCUGCCACCAGUACAGAGACUACACCUGCCACCAGCUCAGAGACUACACCUUCUGUCACCACGUUAGAGACAACACCUACUGUUACCAGCUCCGAGACAACACUCACCACCACUUCAGAGACAACACCUGUACACAGCUCAGAGACUACAUCUGCUGUCACCGAUUCAGAGACAAGCCCUGCUGUCACCAAUUCAGAGAUAACAGUCGUCACCAAUUCAGAGACAACACCUGUACCCAACUCAGAUACUAAACCUGCUGUCACUAAUUCAGAGACAACCCCUGGUGUCACCAAUUCAGAGACAACAGUCGUCACCAACUCAGAGACAACAGCUGUGUCCAGCUCAGAGACUACACCUGCUGUCACCAAUGCAGAGAUAACACCUGCCACGAGCUCAGAGACAACACCUGCCACCACCUCAGAGACUACAUCUGUCACCAGCUCAGAGACAUCAUCUGCCACUAGCUCAGAGCCAAAACCUGCUGUCAUCACGUCAGAGACAACACCUGCGGUCACCACGUCAGAGACAACACCUUCUGUUAGCAGCUCAGAGACAACACUUACCACCACCUCAGAGACAACAGUUGUUACCAGUUCAGAUAUAACAGCUGAUGUCACCAAUCCAAAGUCAACACCUGUCACCAAUUCAGAGACCACAAAUGCUGUCACCAGCUCAGAGAUUACACCUGCUGUCACCUCCUCAGAAACAACAACUGCCAUCAGUAUAGAGACAACAACCGUCACUGUUUCAGUAACAACACCAGAAUCGAGAAGAGAUGAAGAUGAUGAAACCUCAGAAGAAACAAUGCCAACAGUAACGCCAUUACCACCUUGUACAACGACAGACGCAUGGCUUCGACCGCUAGAACCAUUUUGUAAUCGGUUCCUUUUAUGCUUGUUUGGACAGUUAAUAAGUGAAGUAUGCGCACCGGGUUAUCACUUCAGUCCUACUAAUUAUCAAUGCAUGCCGGUAGCUGAUGCGCAAUGUGAAGAUGCAUUUACAACUACUACUAUGGCUAUCACCACCACAGAGACAACACCUGCCACCAAAUCAGAUACUACAAUUCCUAUCACCACCUCAGAGUCUACACCAGUCACCACCUCACAGACUACACCUGCUACCAGUUCAGAAACCACCGAUGUCACAACAUCAAAAUCGAGAAGAGAUGACGAUGAAAUAACCUCUACUACCUCAGAGACUACACCAGCUGUCACCACCUCAGAGACAACACCUGCCACCAGUUCAGAGAUUACACCUUCCGUCACCACGUCAGAGACAACACCUAGCACUAGCUCAGAGACAACACCUGCCACCAGCUCAGAGACAACACCUGCCACCAGUUCAGAGAUUACACCUUCCGUCACCACGUCAGAGACAACACCUAUCACUACCUCAGAGACAACACCUGCCACCAGCUCAGAGACUAUACCUGCCACCAGCUCAGAGACUACACCUGCCACCAGCUCAGAGACAACAACUGCCACUAGCUCAGAGACUACAAUUCCUAUCACCACCUCAGAGUCUACACCUGCUACCAGUUCAGAAACCACCGAUGUCACAAAAUCGAGAAGAGAUGACGAUGAAAUAACCUCUACUACUUCAGAGACUACACCAGCUGUCACCACGUCAGAGACUACACCUGCUGACACCAGUUCAGAGACCACACCUGCCACCAGUUCAGAGACUACACCUCCUGUCACCACGUCAGAGACAACAACUGCUGGCACCACGUCAGAGACAACACCUGCCACCAGUUCAGAGACUACACCCGCUGUCACCACGUCAGAGACAACACCUGCUGACACCACGUCAGAGACAACACCUGCCACCAGUACAGAGACUACACCUCCUGUCACCACGUCAGAGACAACACCUGCUGUCACCAGUUCAGAAACAACAAUAACUACAACAAAACGUUCUACUUCGCUUUGUACAAAUAGAGACUUGUGGCUUAAACCACAGUAUUCAUGUUGUGACCGGUUUCUACUGUGUUUGUUUGGAAAAAUAACAAGCCAGCGAUGUCCUUUGGAUUUCCAAUUCAAUCCAGUUCUUUUGCUUUGCCAACCGCCAGCUGAAGCGAAUUGCAACAGCGAUACGACAACUAUAACACCCACUACCAAACAAGACUUAUCACCUGAUAACAGAAUUAAGCCACCACCUACCACCUCAAUAGAGACAACUGUCACCAGUCCAGAAACAACACCUAUCACCAGUUCAGAGACAACAGCUGUCACCAGUUCAGAGACAACACCUGUCACCAGUUCAGAGACAACACCUGUCACCAGUCCAGAGACAACAUCUAUUACCACUUCAGAGACAAUACCAGCUCCUCUUCCUAAAUGUAGCUACAGAGAUAUGUGGUUUAAACCAGAUCCGCAUAAUUGUGAAUUCUUCUAUCUUUGUGUGUUUGGUGAGAUAUUGCAUGAACAAUGCCCUGAAGGGACAGAGGCUAGCACUACUAGUUUUGCAUGUCUACCAAAAGAACAAGCAGGUUGUAGCAAUUCGAAUCAAACCGUAGUAACUACGACACCACGUGUACAUCCAGUACCCUAUUGUAGUAGAUAUGACAUAUGGAUAGAAGCUGAUGCGAUUGAUUGUGGACAGUACUAUGUUUGCACCUUUGGACAUUUAACCCACGAAACAUGUCCAGCGGAGUACAGAUUCAGUGCUUCGGAAAAAGAAUGCUUACCGAAAUCCCAAGUGAACUGCUUCGAAAAAGACCAGUCUACUCCAAGAAACUGGAAAGACGCAAUCUGUGCAGACUACUCGAACCUUCCCCUGGUCUUCUUAGAAGACCCGAAAGACUGCAGAAGAUACUACAUUUGUUCUUUAGGAAAAUCUACGCUGCUGCAUUGUCCUGACAAUUUCUCAUUUAGUGUUGAAAAACAGAUAUGUCUUCCAUCAUACCAAGUGCUCUGCAAGUCGCUAUGUCCGUCAGACUCCACCCAGUUUGUGGUGGACCCUCAAAGUGAGAGCCACUACAUAAUCUGCUACAAUGGCACACCGCUACCUCAACAAUGUCCACACAAAUAUGUAUUUGAUCCAAAACUUCUGGGAUCAUCAACAACAACGGGAGAACCAACACUUCCCGAUGGAUCCACGACCACGGAAGGAUCAACAACGACUGGUGACGAUACACCCGUGUCUAUAACAACACAAGGAUCAACAACAGGAGAACCAACACUUCCCGAUGGAUCCACGACCAUGGAAGGAUCAACAACGACUGCACUUCCCGAUGGAUCCACGACCACGGAAGGAUCAACAACGACUGGUGACGAUACACCCGUGUCUACAACAACACAAGGAUCAACAACAGAGGAUGAUGGUCCCUGUCCUCCGGACGUUUACGGAAAUGUCCCCCAUCCAGACGAAUGUAAUGCCUUCUACUUAUGCGUUAGUGGAGUUGCAGUCAAAUUGUACUGCGCCAGUGGUUACGAGUUUGAUGCUACGGUCGGGAACUGUGUCGCCAUUGCACCAGGUGGAUGUACUUUGGGUCCAGUCACCGGCUCAACAACAUUAUCUACUACCGAUUCUUCCACUACACCAAUUGGUUCCACCACGGAUAGUUCUGUAACUACCACGGAAGGACCCGAAAUCUGUCCUAUAGGAGUGUGGGGCAAUGUGCCACAUCCUACUUUGUGCAACUCAUUCUAUGUGUGCGCAGCGGGAUCAGCGAUCCAACUGUUCUGUAGUGAAGGAUUUGAAUUCGAUCCAAAUACCGGGUCUUGCGUCCCCAUCGCUGAGGGAGGCUGCACAAUGAGCCAAACUACAACUUUGGCACCGACAACCAGUACGACCACUCCGCCAGAGACGACCACAGUAGACCCCAACUGUCCUCCAGGCACGUGGGGCAAUGUCCCCCACCCAGAACUGUGCAACUCAUUCUAUCUAUGCACAGGAGGACACGCAAUCCAACUGUUCUGCAGUGAAGGCUUCGAAUUCGAUCCUGAACAUAAGACAUGCGUGGUUAUAGCCGAAGGAGGUUGCACCCUCGGCUCUGGUUCCACCGCAGGACCCGUCACUACACCGGACGGCUUCCAAUCGACUACAACUAUGCAGACGACCACGGACAGCAAUGAAGUGACCGGUUCAACCACUGUAAAUGGUGAUAUCACAACUCCAGAUGGAAUUACCACUCUUGGUUCAACGACUGUAAAUGAUGUCACAACUCCAGAUGAUGUUACCACUCCCGGUUCAACGACUGUAAAUUAUGUUACAACUCCAGAUGGUAUUACCACUCCCGGUUCAACGACUGUAAACGGUGUCACAACUCCAGAUGACAUCACCACUCCUGAUCCUUCCAUAGGAUCAUCUGAUAGCACACCUGGUGAUAGUAACACAACACCAGCUUUGCCAACCACCACGGAAGCUGUAGACAUAAAUCCAUGCCCUGCAGACGUCUUUGGGAACGUUCCUAACCCAGAAAGCUGUAAUUCAUACUUCCUAUGUGUGAACGGAGAAGCUAUACCCUUCACUUGCGCUGAUGGACUUGAAUUUGAUCCUAUUGAAAAGACAUGCGUGGUCAUAGCUGAAGGUGGAUGUACUCUGGGUUCAGCAACAACUCCUGAGGGACCAUCGACAACUGAAAAUAUUGUCUCUAGCACAACUCUUGCUAACGUUGCGACCACUUCAACGCCAGCAUUGGAUGAAACAAUUUGUGUAGGAGUGUUUGGAACUAUACCGCAUCCAGAGCUGUGCAACUCAUUUUACAUUUGUGAUGGUGACAAACCUAUGCAGCUCUUCUGUGUCGAUGGAUACGAAUAUGAUCAUGGAUCAAGGGGCUGUGUAGAGAUCGCUGAAGGAGGCUGCACGUUCCAAUCUGCAACUACCACAGAAGCUACAACGAUUGCUGACCCGCCAAUAUGCGCAGAAGGCCAAUAUGGUAACAUACCCCAUCCAGAACUGUGCAACUCGUUCUACAUGUGCACAGGAGGCCAGGCUAUUCAGCUCUUCUGUAGCGAAGGUUUUGAGUUCGACCCUAAUGUGAGAGAAUGUGUCAGGAUCGCUGAAGGAGGCUGCACACUCGGAUCUCAAACGACCCCAGCCGUAGAUGUCACAACUACUCCAAGCUCUGAACUGCCUGACACAACCACAGAAAGAGAUCCAGAUGACUUCCUUCCUGGUGAUGUCGUUACAACCACUGAACGUGGAGUGACGUCUACAUCCGAGCCAACGACUACUGCUGCCGGCAGCACUAGCUCGGACAUAGAUGAUGUACCAACUGAAGGAUCAACAACAAUUGAUUACGAAACGACAACAUUGCCUACAACGCACGGCACUACCACAGAGGCUCCUAUCUGUGCUCCAGGCGUGUUUGGCAACGUACCUCACCCAGACAGAUGCGACGCUUUCUACUUGUGCUCCGGCGGCAACGCUUUACCGUUUACUUGUGGCGAGGGACUCGAAUUUGACCCUGAAUCCAAGUUGUGCGUGCAAAUCGCCGAAGGAGGAUGUACCAUGAGUAAAGCGACAACACCUGGAGGAGAAACUACUGCACAGGAUGUAACACCUACUGCCGCGCCUGAGACUACUGUACAGGAUGUCACAACUCCUGCCGCGCCUGAGACUACUGCGCAGGAUGUAACAACUCCUGCCGCGCCUGAGACUACUGUACAAGAUGUAACAACUACUGCCACGCCUGAGACGACAACUUUAGCUCCUACAACAGCGUCAGAUGAUAUUCCCGAUGACGGCACCACGACCGAAGCAUUAAUUGACACUACCACAGAGGCUCCUAUCUGUGCUCCAGGCGUGUUUGGCAACGUACCUCAUCCAGACAGAUGCGACGCUUUCUACUUGUGCUCUGGAGGCAACGCAUUACCGUUUACUUGUGGCGAGGGACUCGAAUUUGACCCUGAAUCCAAGUUGUGCGUACUAAUCACCGAAGGAGGGUGUACCAUGAGUAAAGUAACAACACCUGGAGGAGAAACUACUGCACAGGAUGUAACAACUACAGCCGCGCCUGAGACUACUGCACAGGAUGUAACAACUACAGCCGCGCCUGAGACUACUGCACAGGAUGUAACAACUACUGCCGCGCCUGAGACUACUGCACAGGAUGUAACAACUACUGCCGCGCCUGAGACUACUGCACAGGAUGUAACAACUACUGCCGCGCCUGAGACUACUGUACAGGAUGUAACAACUACUGCCGCGCCUGAGACGACAACUUUAGCUCCUACAACAGCGUCAGAUGACAUUCCCGAUGACGGCACUACGACCGAAGCAUUUAUUGACACUACCACGGAGGCUCCGAUCUGUGCUCCAGGCGUGUUUGGCAAUGUACCUCAUCCAGACAGAUGCGAUGCUUUCUACUUGUGCUCCGGCGGCAACGCUUUACCGUUUACUUGCGGCGAGGGACUCGAAUUUAACCCAGAAACGAGGUUGUGCGUGCAAAUCGCCGAAGGAGGAUGUACCAUGAGUAAAGCGACAACACCUGGAGGAGAAACUACUGCACAGGAUGUAACAACUACUGCCGCGCCUGAGACUACUGAACAAUAUGUAACACAGGCUGGGCCUGAACUUUUUGAUACGACCACGGUAGCGGAUGACACUACCACGGAUGCUCCGAUCUGUGCUCCAGGCAUGUUUGGCAACGUACCUCACCCGGACAGAUGCGACGCUUUCUACUUGUGCUCCGGUGGCAACGCUUUACUGUUUACUUGCAGCGAUGGACUCGAAUUUGAUCGUGAAACCAGGGUAUGCAUGCCCAUCGUUGAAGGAAGAUGUACGCUUCCACAGCGCUCAGGUCAGAAGACAGAAGCGAAAAUUGAGUUGACCACAGAAGCGUGGAAAACCACCGUAAACUUCAUGUGCCCUGACAACGAGGACCGUUUUUUGGCAGACCCUAACAACUGUGAUAAGUUCUUCCGAUGCGUUGAAGGAUACGGCAUACAGAUGCAUUGCCCUAAUGGACAGGAAUAUGACGCUUCGGGAGAGAAAUGUGUCGCCAUCGCCAAAGGAGGUUGCUCAUACAACAAAAGGCAAGAAAUUAUAUCAUAAUCUGCUACAGAGAAUCGUCUCACUCGAUAACGACAAAACUGAACAAACAUUAAUCGCUCGACACUAUGAUAACUGAACAAAAUGACUUUGUCACUAUUUCAUUUACUGAGUAAUAUUAAAAUAUAUCAACAAUUUACCUAUUGAAAUGAGUUUCAACUAAUACACAGUCGAUUUAUCAACUGGCACUAAAAGUACCACUUGAUAAAAUGUAUACAAGAAUGAAUAAAAAUUAGUUAUUGCUCAGUAAAUGCGUCUGUAUAUACGUAUUAUUAUUAUUGGUAUGCUUAGUAAUGAAACUUUGAGAUCUACAGCUUAUAAAAGAAUGUUGUUUUUAAAAUUGAUUGUUUUGCGACGUUGGAGUGAGAAAUCUGCUAAAAGAAAGAGAUGGAGGGAGUAUCUCUGUUUCUUGUGACGACAAUUUAGCUUUAAUUAGAGAUGGUAUUCAAUAUAAAUGUAGCUGGAUUUUAUUUGUCUUUUAGUAGGGCUGACCACAUUGCCAUUUUCUUUUCAAAAUACAUUUAAUUUUGUUUUUUCUAUAUUUUUGUGUUUCUGGUUUUUGAGUCAAUAAUGUUAUUUCAUUUUUUGUGUCAUUAAAUUUAGCUUUCAAGUGUGGUCAUAAGACCCAAGAUUUCUCGAUUCAUUUCAAAAGCAAUCAAUUUUUGUAUAUUAUUUAGAAACAACAUAAAAAAUAAAGGAAUCUGAUUUAUUUUCAAAUAUAUUUUUACAUAAUU